AUGUGUGGAAUAGUUGGAUACCUCGGAACCAAAGAAGCGUACCCCAUUUUAGUGAAUGGCCUUAAGCGCCUUGAAUAUCGCGGCUACGAUAGUGCCGGUAUUGCCCUUCUGAACGAAGAAACUUUAAACAUUUAUAAGCAAAAGGGGAAAGUGGCCGAACUGGAAGCCCUUUGCGAAAAACAAGAUAAAACCGGUCAUAUCGGCAUCGGACACACCCGCUGGGCUACCCACGGUGAAGCCAACCAGGUGAACGCCCACCCGCAUACCACCGAAUACGGUAACCUGGCCAUGGUGCACAACGGCAUCAUUGAGAAUUACAGCACUCUGAAAACCGAAUUACGUAUGCGCGGUCAUCACUUUCAGAGUGAAACCGAUAGCGAAGUACUCAUUCAUCUCAUCGAAGAGAUCCAGAAAAAAGGUGAUUUUUCUUUGGAAGAUGCAGUGCGACUGGCCCUUAAGAAAGUAGUGGGUGCGUACGCCAUUGUGGUAAUGUCGAAAAACGACCCUGAAAAACUAGUAGCCGCAAAAAAGAGCAGCCCGUUGGCUUUGGGAUUGAAAAAAGGCGAAUUUUUCAUAGGUAGUGAUGUAACGCCUUUCCUGAAUCACACCAAUAAGGUAAUCUAUAUGAAAGAUCAUGAGAUUGCCACCGUACGGACCAAUGGUGACCUGACCAUCCGCACUAUAGAGAAUGAACCCAUACACCCUUUCAUAGAAGAAUUGAGCCUGAACCUCGAUACCCUUGAAAAAGGUGAGUUUGAUCAUUAUAUGCUCAAGGAGAUCUAUGAGCAGCCCGAUGCCCUUACCAAUUGCCUGAGAGGCGAAUACUGGUUGGAAGAACUGGCCGGCAUUCCCGUAGAAGUAGAAUACGCCUCCGAGUUCCGUUACCGCGAGCCUAUCAUUCGCCCCAAUGAUGUAGUGAUCGCCAUUUCCCAAUCCGGGGAAACAGCCGACACCCUGGCCGCCAUAGAACUGGCCAAGAGCAAAGGCGCCUUUGUUUUCGGGGUAUGCAACGUAGUAGGUUCUGCCAUUGCCCGCGAGGCCAAUGCUGGAAUGUACACCCAUGCCGGACCGGAGAUAGGGGUAGCUUCCACCAAGGCCUUCACCACUCAAUUGCUUUGCCUGUAUAUGCUGGCCGUAGAAUUGGGCCGACUGAAUAACCGCAUCAGCAACACCCAAUACUGGGAUCACCUGAGUGAGUUGGUAUUGCUCGAACAGAAGAUCGAAGAAACCCUGGAACUCAAUGAAGAAAUAGCCUCCCUUUCCGAGUACUUUAUGGGCAGCACCAAUUUUAUGUACCUGGGCCGUGGCUAUAACUUCCCGGUAGCCCUGGAAGGAGCUCUUAAGCUCAAAGAGAUCAGCUACAUCCAUGCCGAAGGCUACCCCGCUGCCGAAAUGAAGCACGGUCCGAUUGCCCUGGUAGAUGAGCAAAUGCCCUGCCUGGUACUCGCCAAUACGGAUAAGGGUUAUGACAAAGUGAUCAGCAAUAUGCAGGAGAUCAAAGCCCGUAAGGGUUAUGUAGUAGCGGUGGCCUUUAAAGGCGACCAUAAGGUGAAGGAGAUAGCCGAUAAGGUGAUCUAUAUCCCUCGCACCAAUGAGCAGCUUUCAGCGGUGGUAGCUACCAUUCCUUUACAAUUACUGGCCUACCAUAUUGCCACGCUCAAAG